UGGAUAUUAAUGAACUCUAUAAAAGAGUUAUUUAUCGGAACAAUACUCUUACUGAUUUAUUAAGAACAAGUAGAUCUACGCUAGGGGAAUUAGUAAUGUGUCAGGAGAAAUUGGUACAAGAAGCCGUGGAUACACUUCUUGAUAAUGGGAUCCGUGGACAACCAAUGAGGGAUGGUCAUAAUAAAGUUUACAAGUCAUUUUCAGAUGUAAUUGAAGGCAAAGAAGGAAGAUUUUGCGAGACAUUACUUGGUAAAUGGGUCGAUUAUUCGGGGUGCUCCGUCAUUGUCGUGGACCCUUCGCUUUCAUUACAUCGAUGUGGAUUGCCUCGCAAAAUAGCAAUAGAUCUUUUUCACACAUUUGUAAUUCGUGGUCUAAUCAGACAACAUCUUGCUUCCAACAUAGGGGUUGCUAAAAGUAAAAUUAGGGAAAAAGAACCAAUUGAAUGGGAAAUACUUCAAGAAGUUAUGCAAGGGCAUCCUGUAUUGCUGAAUAAAGCACCCACUUUGCAUAGAUUAGGCAUCCAGGCAUUCCAACCCAUUUUAGUGGAAGGACGUGCCAUUUGUUUACAUCCAUUAGUUCGUAAGGGAUUCAAUGCAGACUUUGAUGUUGAAGCUGCAUAAAUUAUUUGCACUGUGCCUACUAUCAUCAACCAGGGAGAAAAUAUAGAAUGAGCAUGGGGUAAUAAUUCCAUAUUGAUCCGAAUCAACCCAUACGCUCCCAUUUUUAAUAAGAUUCCGGCUAGAAGCAUGCAUGUACUGUAAUGUACUUCUCUGUGGGUAUCCGGUAACCAUAUAUGUAGGGGUAUAAUCGAUGAUUUGACAGCAUAAGCAAUAAGAAAUCCAAAAUAGAAUAAAAUUUCCAAUGCCACAGGAUAUGAUUGGUUAGCUGAUGUUUCAAAAUUUAAUGUUGGUUCAUUGGAACCAUAUAAACCCAUAUUCGGAACUCCUAUUAAUAGAAAAAUAGAACCCCCAGCAAUGUGUAAAAUAAACUUUGUAGCUGAAUACAGACGUUUCUUCCCCCCCCCCCCCCCACAUGAAUAGAAGUAGAUAAACGGGAAUUAAUUCUAACUCCCACAUGAU